UAUUGGAAAUUUACGAAGACAUUUAAGAAGACAUUGCACAAAAAUCCUGAGUCGAGAUGAACCAAGCACUUCAAGUUUAGCGGAUGAUAUUAUGGAUCCCUCUGCACACCGUCAAAAUCAAGAGACAUCUGGUUUGCUCGUUCAAUCAUUUAUGAAAGAAACGACAGAAAAAACAGACGCACUUAAUGAACCAAGCACCUUAAGUUCAACGGCUUAUAUUAUGGAUCCUUCUACAGGAAAAUAUAUUCCUCUGCGUCAAAGUCAAGAACAAGUACCAUCUGGUUUACACGUUCAAUCAUUCAAAGAAACGGCAGAAAAUACAGGAGUACUUGAUGAACCGAGCACUUCAAGUUCAGCGAAUUAUGUUAUGGGUCCUUCUGCAGAACAUCAAAGUGGAGAACCAUGUGGUUUUCCCGUUCAAUCAUUUGAACAAAUGACAGAAGGAACAAGCGCACUUCAUUCGGAUUGGUUCUAUUAUACAAUACCAAGCGAUUCAAGUUCAACGUAUUAUGUUAUGGCUCCUUCUGCAGAACAUCAAAGUGGAGAACAACCUGGUUUGCCUGUUCAAUCAUUUGAACAAGUGACAGAAGGAACAAGCGCACUUCAUUCGUGUAUUGGUUUUUAUUAUACAAUGUAAUAAGUACCCAACUAGUUAAAUAUUGAUUUUUCUACACAAAUAUAUAACGUACAAGUAUGAAAAUUUUUAUCGUACUUUUUUACUUUUAAUCACAUCACAUUUCUAUGCAGACCAAGCAGCACUUUAACUUUAGCGGAUUAUAGUAUGGAUCCUUCCGUCAAAGUCAAGAAUACCGUGUUUGCCUGUUCACUCAUUUAAACAAAUAACAGUAAGGAACAGUCGCACUUGAUGAGUAAUUUUACGUUUUGCUUAUAUCAUACAAUAAAAUAAUAUCCCAUCUAAUAUUCAAAUAUUUCUUUUUUCAAAGAUAAUUUUUAAAUUUUAAUUUACGCGAGCAAUCACGACCAAAAAGAUCGUUGAUAACUUUAUUGCUUAUAUUAUUUAAUCAAGGAGAAUGUCUAUUGUUAUACUAUACUAUAUAAUUUUACGAAAUGCAAAGAAAAUGACCAAUACGCGAAAAAAAUAGACAAAGCUUCGAUAAGGCAUGGCAAUGAUCAAGCUGAAAA